UAAACUUCAAAGAUGCAAGCGAUGAGCGCAAACGCAAGUGCGCCGAGAGCGCCGCAACGGUCGCCGUUUGCGAUACAAGAGCUGCUCGGCUUAUCAGACAACCGCGACAGCCGAGACCGCUACUUUGAGAGUCGCGAUGGAGACCGGGUGCUGAACCUGUCAGAGAGCAGAGAGCCCAGGUCUGCGUAUACGCCUCAGUUCCCGUUGCCGGCCUCGGUGGCGAGUCGAGUAGCAUACGCUGCUGCCUUUAACGCACAAGCGGCCGUUGCAGCCGCCUUCCUCCCGGGUCCGCCGCUCCUCCACCCACCUCCUGGUUUCCCGCAAAUAAAGUCGCCCUACAGUCCCUCUGCGCAGCCUCACCUCACAGCUGUUCGACAAUUUUAUUCAGGCGUAUCUUCACUAGAAGCAGCGAAAGACUUCACCGUCGACGGCCUCACCGGGUACAACGGCAAGAAAAAGAAGAAAAAACGCAGACAUAGCAGGACCAUCUUCACCUCGUACCAGCUGGAUGAGCUGGAAAAGGCAUUUAAGGACGCGCACUACCCUGACGUGUACGCAAGAGAGAUGCUCUCGUUGAAGACCGACCUUCCGGAGGACAGGAUACAGGUGUGGUUCCAAAACCGACGAGCCAAGUGGCGCAAGACUGAGAAGUGCUGGGGUCGGUCCACUAUCAUGGCCGAGUACGGCCUCUACGGAGCGAUGGUGCGCCACUCGCUUCCACUACCAGAAACCAUCUUGAAGAGCGCCAAGGAAAACGACAACGUGGCGCCCUGGCUACUCGGCAUGCACCGCAAGUCGUUGGAGGCGGCGCAGCACCUCAAGGAGUCGGGGUCGGAGCGCGAAGGCUCCGAGGCGGAGGCGGAGCGCGCGCCCUCCGCCUCGCCACACCGACACGACGUGCACGACACCCAGGCACAAAGUUCACCCGGCAGCAGCACGACAGCUUCCUCAUCAGCGAAGGGGCGCGCGUCACCCGACGGCCGCGAACUCUACGAGGACCCUGAAGCUUUCCGCAACAACAGCAUCGCUUGUCUCCGAGCUAAGGCGCAGGAGCACCAAGCGCGACUACUCUCCAACAAUCUUCUCCUUCAGGUGCGCGGCUUGCAGCGAGCGAGCGGCGCGCCGAGCGUGACGGAGGACGACGGCCCCGCCGACAUCGACGUGGGCACCGAGCCGCCGCCGCUCGACGCCGCGCGGCUCUACUGACCGCCCGCGCCGCCGCCGCCCGACCGGCCCCUGUGAGCUCGCCAUCCCGCCUCGCCCCCGGUGGUCGCGACCAUUCCAAACAACUAAAUGGGGACAAUGAAUUUAUCGGUGAUUUCGGUGAACGCAACGAGAGUCGAGGGAGUGCCUGGAAGGUCUCUCGUUGGAUGCGCGUCUCGCGACACGGCGUCGUGAUCGGUGGCCGAUUGAUCGUCUUGCGCGGAACUGUUCGUACUUAAGUGUAAUUAUGUACAUUGUAGAUCUAGAAGUAUUUAACUAAAUCCCCCGUUUUUCGUGCAAUACCCCUAGUUAAGUAUUUAUCCGAUUAGCCGUUGUGUUAGCGUUGUAUAAAGUUCGGCCGGCACUAGCUGUGAAUCGUCUGAAAUACUAAUGAGAGCCUGUUAGUUAGUAAUCUUGAGGAGUUAAGCGAAGACUUUUAAAUCGAAGUAGAUAAAUAUCGAAUUGGUACUAAAUAAUAUAUUGUAAAUGUUGAAUAUCUGUAAAAUUAAUUGUGUCUUAACGGUUCGAGGAGCGAAUCAAAAUUCACUUAUAAUAACUGUUUACUUAACAAUCGACAAAAUACGAAUUAUUGUAAUGUAUAAUAUAACAAAACUUUAAGUC